CAUCCUGACAUGUUUCAGCAGUUCCUAAUGAUUACUUAAAUGGGUCGACAGUAUAACUGUACAUUAAUAUACACAUAUUAGAAAUAAUUAAAAAUAUAUGUAUAAUGUAAACGUCGUCGUAUAUGAACUUAGCCAGGAUAUAAAUCACCAGACUUUUAUCGUCUGAUUUUUUAUGUUUAACCGUGCUAGCUAAUGACUGGUGACAAUUAUCAGCGAGUAUUUUUAGUUACACGAUAGCUAGCUGGUUAACUUAGCUACUUAGCAAGCGUUACGAUUAUACCGUAGGGCUAGUCACUCGUAUGCAUGUAUACAGUUCUUUGGGGUGUGCUUAACAUUAAAGAUGUAGUUAAAUACAAACAUUCUUGAAAGCGAAAUUCAUCUUCAGAAACUGACUGAGAAGUCAGCAGGGAGAAGAGAGGAACUGAUUAGAAAGUUUGCAUUUUCAAAAGAUGGGAAGGGGCCCACACUUACAGGAUACAGAAAUUUGUGGUCAGUGGAGGGCUGCUGAGAACAAUGGCAGCUGCUCCACCUCCCAACUUUUCUUGGGUUGAACCACGUAAAUUAGCUGGACUGGGGAUGCCAAGGAUGACAGCCCAUUAUCAAUUUUUACUAAAUAACGGAAUCAAACACUUAAUCACUUUGUCUGAAAGAAAGCCCCCUUACCACGACACUUGUCCAGAGUUGACUUUGCACCACAUUAGAAUACACGACUUCUGUGCUCCAACUUUUGAUCAAAUCAAGCGUUUCUUGUCCAUAGUGGAAGAGGCCAAUUCAAAAGGAGAGGGGGUCGGAGUGCACUGUUUGCAUGGCUUCGGAAGAACCGGAACUAUGCUGGCCUGUUACUUGGUAAAGAGCAGAAAAAUCAGUGGGAUUGAUGCCAUUAAUGAAAUUAGGAAGAUACGCCGUGGAUCUAUUGAAACCCGAGAACAGGAGCAAAUAGUAGUGCAGUUCUAUCAGCAAAAUAAAUGUUAAUAUUCAUAAAAAUGUGUAAAAAUAUAAAAUAUAACUACUUGAAGGAAUUGUGGUGUUCAUACUGUCGUCUUUUAUCUUUACAGUGGCUGAGUCAAUAAACUAUAUAAAAAUGCUAUGUAAAAUAGUUUAGUUUUGUGUACGUUUCAGAAAGAGCUUAGCAUUUCAAAAGGACUUGCUGAAACUAAGAGAUAUCCCAAAGUGACAAAGUGACCAUUCAUUGACACCUGCAGUAUGCACAAUCCUAUACCUUCACAUUUGUAAUGUUAAUAAUCAGUGUUACAGCAUUAUUAAAAUGCAAAUUCAAAAUGUA